GUACAUUUCGACUCAUGGCGAUGUAUCGCCCCAAAAUGUGUUCAAGCCAUGGCGUCGACAUGGAAAAUUGUUGGGGCACUGGCCUGUACGAUUUCGAUGAGUGCCACGAUGAUCAUUUUCAACGCUUCCUUGUUGCAAGGCUUCAGACAUCCUGUGUGGCUCACAUUCUGGCACCAAUCAGUUAGCACCGCUUGCGUGGUGCUGGUGCGUUGUUUGAAACCAUCCCUGGUCAGUACAGGAGAUGAGGCUGAGGGCCGUCCUGCCCUGACCUUCUUCUCUGCCUUGCGGCUGGGGUUUCCGAUUGCUGCCACGCAAUGCCUCGGUCUGAUCGCUGGGAAUACUGCAGUGAUGUACCUUUCUGUGGGUUUCUGCCAGAUGAUUAAAGCCUGGACUGCUUCAGCCGUUUAUGUGGUUGGCUGCUUCUGCGGCCUCCAACACUGGUCAAUAGCAGUAGCCAAGACCUUGCUGCUCAUCACUUUUGGCCUUAUGGUCACCAGCGCUGGCGAGGUGAAAUUCGAUCCCUAUGGAUUUCUGAUGCAGGUGACAGCACUUUUUUCGGAGGCCUGCCGGAUCAAUCUGGUGGAAAUCCGGCUCAAGUCUGCCGGCUACAAACUGAAUCCUUUGAGCUCCGUCAUGCUAACAGCUCCAAUUGCAUCGGUGUUGCUCUUGAUCAUUGGCUUGGUGACAGAUGGAGAUGCCAUCACACCGGAAGUAAUACAAGAGGUUGGUGAAGUGAAGCUCUUGGCCAACGGCCUGGUUGCAUUUCUUCUGAAUGUGGCAAUCUUCUUGGCCAUUCAAGUUUGUUCUGGACUGGUCUAUUCCCUUGCAGGCAUUGUGAAGGACAUCUCCAUCAUCAGCGGCUCGGUGCUAAUCCUGGGCAGCCAGGUGUCUAUGAUGCAGGUCUUGGGCUAUAGCAUCGCACUGGGAGGGAUUCAGAUCUACGGUAUCGUCAGCCGGGAGCCGAGCAGAUUUCAAGAUUCGGGUCUUGUUCGUGGUCUUUGGCAGCAUAUGCGCAACCCUGCAGCACACAUGGUGGCUCCUGAAGGUGUCGGCAUGGAAAAGUCAAAGUUGGAGACUGAUUCUGCAGAUUUGGAGCUGGGCAAAAUGGGUGAUGUAACUGGCGAUACAACUGGUAGCAUCAGAGACUCCCGUGAAAGACACGCUUUAGUCGCGACGAAAGACGAGUGUGAUUAAAGCAUAUUGAAGCCACAAAGGGAUCCUGAUGGAUUCCCAGUCCAGUAGCUUCCUGGUAUCACAUCUAUCUGUCGCAACAUCUACUAACUCUGUUCUUGUGGAAGUGUUUUUCACACUCUAAGCAUUGAACCUUGACUCAUGGUAUCUGAAAGACUGGGUGCCUGACAUUUGCACAUUUGCCUCGGGCCUAUAAUCAGCGCCUGGAGCAACUUGAAAGUUCAGCAGCACUUUCUGGAAAA